UGAAGUAGUUUUGCAGAAAACCCACAGACAUAUAUGUCUGUUAGUAUUUAUUACUUUUAUGUAAGACAAAUAAGACGAAAUAUUUCUCUUAACAUUAAGGACGUGGUUAUAUAAAAUAUAAAGAUUGUUUUACCACAAAUAUGGGCUUAAUAAAAAACUUACAUUAGUGCUUUAAAAAUGCCCACUAAUAAAUAUUUAAAUGAAGAAAGACAAAUCUGUUCUGUGGUUUUCUACAAAAAUAUAUUAUAAUUUUUUACGAUUCGUGCGUGUUUUGGAUCUUUGGUGUUCUGCUUUUUUUGCGCAUUUGUGGACUCUGUGGAAAUUGUUAUUUUUUUUUUGUUUGUUUUCGUCAGUUUUGGCUGUAUUACCAGAUAUUUUUGUUAAUUACAUUUCGCAGUAAAUUGCUACUCUUAGACUGAUAAUAAAUACAAAUUAAAAAGUUUAAGUAAACUAAUAAAAACAAUUUUUAUGCUAAUAUAAUAUAAUAUAAUAAACAACUUGCCGCCAUGUAUUCGUGGAAUUGCUGUAGAAUAUGUCUCAGUUUACAAACUUUAAAUCCUAUAUUUCUGCUUCCCGAACACAGUGAAAAGUAUUCAAAUACUAUUUUUAUAGCUACCGGAAUUAAGGUCCAAAUCGAUGAUAAAUUACCACAAGAAAUGUGUUCAACAUGUAUAAAUUUCAUCAAUGAAUCCAUCAAAAUACGUAAAAAGGCUGAAGAAGCACAGAGGACUCUAGUGGACAGAUUAAAAAACAAUAGACUCUACGAUAUUAAAGUUGAGAGUCCGUAUAUUUGUAAAACGGAGAACGAUACUAAUGUAACGGAGUUGUUUAUUGACAUAUCAAAUGAAGUGGACAAUGAUUUUAAAGAUCACGAUGACAAUUUGACGUUAGAUACAUUCCAAUACUGUAACGAUAAAGGUAACGAUGUGUCAACACAAUUAAAGUACGAGACGGAAGUUCGUAGCACAGAUGAACCUGUAGAUAGAGAAUACAGAUUGAGACAAAAUUGUGCAAAGGACAAAACUGCAAAGAGGUCGACGACGAAGAGAAAAAAAACUAUAGAGAAAACGGAAGGGGAAAGAAAAAAGGACAGUAACAAAAUCAAAACGAAAAAGAUAGAGAGGGUCAAAGAGGAGAUUGAAUGCGAAUAUUGUCAUAAAAUAUUAACGUCCAGAUUGUCGCUAAGAAAUCAUUAUAAAAUACAUACAGGUUUUGAUGUUGUUUGCGAGCACUGCGGUAAGAGAUUCAUAACGAGGCGGCUCCUGCUGAUGCACUGUCGCGCCAAACAUGGCUACGAGAAGACCGACAAGUGUUCCUACUGCGACUACAGGGCGUCCAACGCGGAACAAGUAAAGAUCCACGAGCGCCUGCACACUGGCGAGAAGCCGUACGUAUGCAAGGAGUGCAGUGCUGGCUUCCACCGGAAGAGCAGCUACCUCCAGCACAUUGCCAUACACUUGCCAGACAAGAAUGUACAGUGCGACCAGUGCCCGGCCCGGUUCAAAUCGGUCACCCUGAUGCGGAUACACAAAAACCGCCACCGCGCGCCCCAGUACACGUUCCGUUGCCGCGUGUGCGACAACAGCUUCGCGCGGCGGAGGAACGUCGCGCGACAUUUGCAGCGGGUGCACGGCCUGCCGCCGGACGCGCACCACGUCGACAGGCUCAAGAUUAAUUGAGAAAUACACGUGUUUGAUUAAAAAAAAAAAAAGUAUUUUCAUUUAUUUACCCUUUCAACCGUUUUU